AUCCAUGGAAUCCCUCUCUCUUUUUCUUCAUCCUACCGACGUCGACCACCACGUUCCCCCGCAGGUCCUCGACGCCGACCAACCUCUGGUGGUUCCCCGGGCUCCACGCUGCCCGUUCCUGGUCUGCAGCGACAGGGCGCAUGUCCCGCGCCUAAUACCCCACCCCGCUUCGCCCGUCUCUCCCGUACUCGACAUCGCCGUUCUUCUCCGCCAUGGUCGUUCUUCAAGUCCGUCCUGUGGUACAUCAAGUAGUAGUGCUACUACUACUGUUCAUCGAUCCACAGCUAGCCUAACUGAUCCGCUGGUGGGCCUCAGCCCAGAUUCUUCCCGCAGCAGUGCAUCGCCCGCGCGGCCCAGUUUUUCCCGUCGCCAACGCAGACCAAAUCCGGCCCAGGACCACGCAGCAUUUGCUUCUUCCCGGAUAGGAUCACGAAGUGGUGAUGUGAGAUACGAUGAGUUCUCCGACAAGUUCUUCUACAGCUUUCCACAGGCGAGCCCUCUCCCUUCACCUAUUUUACUCUCUCCCUCGCAUUGCUAUCCUUAUGUUGCGCUUCUUUAUCGAGUCACGUGUCCUAUUCCACUUGUUUACCAUAAUAAUCCUAUAUGUAUCAUUCCUUACCCAUAGCCGUUGAUUGAUGUUUGAGCCUUGCGAGUCGUAGGCGUGUCUAGACUCUGUUGUUAUCUCGAUCUGAUAUCGGGAUAUGUUGGGUUGUUGGGAGGUUAUCACAUGCUAUAUCAGUUGUUGGAGAUACACAUGCUUUACUUAACUGUUAACAACUAAAAUUGUAAGCAGAGGCAUCUGUGAGCCCCUUUGCGAAAGCAUCGGAACUUUGACUUGCUAAUGUCCCCUAGGACCCGAGUUCUUGUUAUCUGUUCCGAGAUUGAGCGCUCUACCCAUGCGUGGGGACGAUUAUUGGGACCCCCCCUCACCCAUUACCUUUUCUCAAGUCAGUUGAAAAGGGGGCCACAACCUUGGUUUUAUUUGGCGCAUGCAUGUUUAUAUACCGUUGCCUUCGGGUGUUUACUUCCUGUUGCCUUCGGGUGUUUAUAUUCUGUACUGUACCUUGCGGGACGUUUAGCGAAGCGUGUGGUUUGCACGCCUAGCCGCCGGCGCAAACCUCUGAGUCCGUAUCGGAGUACGGCCGGACUUCGUCACGGGUAGCUUAGUUGGGUGGCCCCCCUAGACUUUCUUGUUGAACUGGGAACGGUCUUGUUGUGAGACAUCCACCUGUCGUAAGUGGGUCGAGCAUGCGUAUGGUUACAUUUGGGCAACCCCUGCAGGGUGUACAUCUUAUCGAUAAGCCGUGUCCGCGGUUAUGGACGACUUGGAAUUGCAUAGCUUGAUCAUAGAACAACUUACACCGUUAUCUUGUUGCUAAUAACUUGCGUAGUAAUAUAGCAUUACUACAACCGUUACCUAAUAAAACUUGUCCACCGUUGAGUGCCUUUUACAUUGCCUCUUCGCAAUUGUUGAAGGGGAUAUGUGUAAUCGGCUGGGUUAUGAUUGUGUAGUAUUUUAUCUGUUACCUUGUGCGCUCUCUUAUCUUAUCUGAUUAGACGGAUGUUGUAGCGUGUCUCUAUUGGUUAUAGUUUUGCUGCCGCUAAACCUACCAUAUAGCCCCCGGCGAUAUAUAUAUUAUACUCGCCCGGCGAGCAUAGCCAUUUCUAGUCUCGCUAAGUACGUGCCGGAGCUCGUUCCUUGGUACUUACUCUCGCCUUUUUCCCCUUUCUCUUUUGCUUCCUCCCUCUUGUCGGCAACCGAUGGCCCGACUUUGACAGGUACAAGAAGACGACGUUAGCAAGGUUACCCUUCCGGCUUGGCCUGGGCAGGGUUAUGGACGCCACUGGUUAUCUUCAGGACUCUUAGUCCAAUUUGUAUCUUGUCCGUACUCGGACAUAUUCGCUCUUCUGUAUGAGUUGGAUCUUUGUAUUGAAUAUUUGUAUCUUGACUCGUUGGAGUCGUUGUUGUAAUAUAUGUAUCUUGUGGGCUCUAUUGUAAUCCUGUUGUAAUGUUA